AUGAACGCUCAUAUAAAGAAUGUAGAAUACGCUGUCCGUGGUGAAUUGGCCAUCAAGGCUGAAGCCCUCCGGGACCAAUUAAACAAAACGAACAGCUUACCAUUCAAAACCAUUGUCAACUGCAACAUUGGUAAUCCUCAACAACUUCAACAAAAGCCCAUCACUUUUUUUCGCCAGGUAGCUUCACUGUGCGAUAACCCCGAUCUUCUCCUUUCAGAGAACCGUCACAUUGUGAGUCAGCUUUAUCCAGAAGAUGCCUUACAAAGAGCUGAGGUACUUUUGGAACACAUUGGAAGCGUCGGUGCCUAUUCUCACUCUCAAGGCAUCCCACAUAUUCGUGAAAACGUUGCCAAGUUCAUUGCCGAGAGAGAUGGCUAUGCCGCAGACCCCGAGAAUAUUUAUUUAACUCAAGGAGCUUCGGCUGGUGUUCAAAGCAUCUUAUCUAUCCUUGUAAAAGACAAAUCUACCGGUAUUUUGAUUCCAACUCCACAAUACCCAUUAUACUCGGCAACUUUGUCUCUCCUGGAUGCAACCCCUGUACCUUAUCUCCUCGAUGAAAGUCAGGACUGGUCACUCAACGUUACUGACCUAGAGACGAGCGUCAGUACCGCACGUGCAAAUGGAACAGAUGUUCGUGCUUUGGUCAUCAUCAACCCAGGCAACCCAACUGGACAAUGUUUAUCAGAAGAAAACAUGCGAGAAAUUAUCGAAUUCUGCUAUACCCAACAAAUCGUCCUUUUGGCCGAUGAAGUCUACCAGACCAACAUCUACGAACCUGAAGCUCGCCCCUUCCAUAGUUUCAAAAAGGUCCUCAUGUCCAUGGAUUCUAUUUUCCAUGACUUGGAACUUGUCUCCUUUCACUCCAUUUCCAAGGGAAUGAUUGGUGAAUGUGGUCGCCGAGGUGGAUACUUUGAAGCUCACGCCAUUGAUCCUGAGGUUAUGUCUCAGAUUUAUAAAAUUGCCUCUGUCUCACUUUGCCCCAAUGUACACGGUCAGAUAUUGGUCGAUUUAAUGUGUCAACCACCCAAGCAGGGCGACCCGUCGUUCGAAAAGUACAGUCAAGAAAUUGGCUCCAUCUACAGCUCACUUCGACGAAGAUCUCGCAAACUCGAAGCUUGCUUCAACUCUUUGGAAGGUGUCACCUGUAAUCCUGCCUAUGGAGCCAUGUACCUUUUCCCUCAAAUUCGCUUACCCGCUAAGGCUAUUGCUGAUGCAGAAGCCCAUGGCAAAGCCGCUGAUAAUUUCUACUGUCUCGAAAUGCUUGAUGCUACUGGCGUCUGUGUUGUUCCUGGUAGUGGAUUCGGUCAAAAGGAAGGCACAUGGCAUUUCCGUUCUACCUUCUUGCCACCUGAAGACCUUUUCGAUGACUUCUGUGAGAAUCUUACCAAUUUCCACAAGCAAUUCAUGAACAAGUACAGAGAUUAG